GUGUUUGAAGAAAUGUCAGCAUACAUUGGACUAGGAUGUUCCUUAACAAAAAUUGGUCAAAUUAAAGAGGGAAAAGAAUACCUCGAAAAAGCUGAGAAAACAGCAGAAAAACAGUGGGAUAUACUACCGGUAGUAUUGCAUACAAUGAACAAUCCUGAACUAACACAUAUUGACACAGUCGGCCGAGCUCCUGAAGAAGAGAAAAACGAAAAUGAAGAAGAAACCUACCACCAUGGUAAGUAAACCCCUGUUGAUGGCUACUUUUAUGUACUGUAAAGUGUUGAUAAUCAUAACAAUAUUCUAAAAUUCUUUAUUUCGUAAAUUAAAUAUUUCAUUUUAUAUUAUUAUCUAGGACCGAGAGAAGCAGGUGAUAACAGGAAAAUUACGACAGCAGAAGGUUUACCUGAAGUCUCGGUUUCUAUGCCAGUUCGAGGUAAAACAUAUAGUGUACAAUUAGGUCAUUCGUUUGGUACGAAUUUAAUAAAAAUCUCGCCCUCUCAAGGAUUUUCUAGGGAAAACGAGAAAUUGUGUGGAAACACGACGCCCGAAGGGUGGAGUGUUUUCACACAAUUUCGAGUUUUCCCAAUUUCCACGAGUGUUGAUAUUUAAGAAAUAGAAAACAUUUUCCGUGUUUCUAUAUAGUUAUAGAAACACGCGUGCUAGUUUGGGAGAACGAGAAAUAAUCAGUGGGAACACGAGCACGUAGUGCUAGUGUUUCCACGUUAUUUCGAGUAAAUAUGAACAUUGCCAGACUAAUAGCUGGCUUUACGCAUUGAAGGACUAACCUCCGAAAUGCAACUAACAUUAUAACUUAACAAGUCGUUCUCAGUUUGACCUUGUUGCUCAGACGGUAGAGCAUCGUUCUAGAAAUGCGAAGGUCGCGGGUUCGAAUCCCAGCCGCGGUCAAGUAGAAUUUUCAGCUUGCUCGGUUUGGUAUACACUCGUCUGAAAACAACUCCAAAACCGAUAUAUAUAUAUAUAUAUAUAUAUAUAUACAUAUAUAUAUAUAUAUAUAUAUGUAUAUAUAUAUAUAUAUAUAUAUAUAUAUAUAUAUAUAUAUAUUAUAUAUAUAUAUAUAUAUAUAUAUAUAUAUAUAUAUAUAUAUAUAUAUAUAUAUAUAUAUAUAUAUAUAUAUAUAAGUAUAUAUAUAUAUAUAUAUAUAUAUAUAUAUAUAUAUAUAUAUAUAUAUAUAUAUAUAUAUAUAUAUAUAUAUAUAUAUAUAUAUAUAUAUAUAUAUAUAUAUAUCACCUGAUGAGUGUGGCAAGCAUUGCUUGUCAUACGAAACAAGUUUGUAGUGAAUAAAUCUUAUGAAGUAAACCAGGUUUAUUUUAUCUUUAUCUAUUAGCUCUAUACUUCGGUAUAUCGAGCACUCUACUCAUAUAUGAUUCUAAAUACAUAUUUGGUAUAUAUAUAUAUAUAUAUAUAUAUAUAUAUAUAUAUAUAUAUAUAUAUAUAUAUAUAUAUAUAUAUAUAUAUAUAUAUAUAUAUAUAUAUAUAUAUAUAUAUAUAUAUAUAUAUAUAUAUAUAUAUAUAUAUGUAUAAAUGUUAAAUUAAAUAAACCUUGAUAAUAAUAACGAAUAAGCUAAUAUGUUUUUAGAAGUUUUAGAUGUGAAUACCACCACUGCUGAAGCAUCUGUUGACAAAACACCGCCACGCAAAGUUUUGGUUAAAAAGAUACCAGAUGUGUACACUUAUCAAGCAUCUAUUGAAGAAGGUCUGACUGAAGAAAUCAGAAUAAAAAUGGCUGAAAACGUCAAAAUGUCUGCCUACGUAAAUCUCCUGAAUCAAAGUGGUGUCAAAUUUGUAGGUGAUGAUCGUCGUAUCUAUACUAUGGCCAAACAUUGUGUUUGCAAAAACGAUUCCACCAAUAGACCUGGUCGCCUCUCAAACUUGCUAGCUGAACUAAAUAGAUCCAUUGGCCGGAUUACAUGCGGCGUUGCUCAAGGCACGUGCUUCCUUGUGGCUGAGAACUUUGUCAUUACGUGCCUUCACGUUUAUUUAGAUUUCAUUCAAGAACGACGGGAAACCAACCAACCUACAAUGCCAAUUAAAGUUGCUUUCGAAUACUACGAAUUUAACCAGCUAGAGAAUGCUGUGAUUGUCGAAGUAGAUGAAUCGCACGAUCCUAGAUAUUACAGUAAUGAAUUUGAUUACAUCCUACUUUGCUUAAAACAAAGCGACCAUCUGGAAGGUUAUUAUUGAAUAUGGUUAUUAUUAUUAUUAUUAUUAUUAUUAUUAUUAUUAUUAUUAUUAUUAUUAUUAUUAUUAUUAUUAUUAUUAUUAUUAUUAUUAUUAUUAUUAUUAUUAUUAUUAUUAUUAUUAUUAUUAUUAUUAUUAUUAUUAUAGAUAAUUGGCAUUGAGCAAAGCAUUGACGUGCUCUGUACGUGUCUGCAGUUUUAUCAAAAUUUUAUUACUUGAAUCACAAAUUAUUUCACAAAUAACCAUCAGUAAAUAUUGUAAUCAUGAUUCGCUCAAGUUCUAUAUUAAUGUUGUUGACCUGCGUCGUUUGUUCGUUCUGUGAGAAAGAUUUCGUUACACUCGGUCGACAUUCAUGGCGAUGUAAAAAGCGAGUUAAUUACGCAGAACAAGAUCACUCUGCCGAAAAUACGGCAAGGCAAACGCCCGUCAUGAAUUCUCCUAAUGUCGUCGUGUCAAGUCGAACCGUAAUCAAGUGUUGCUGUGGUAAAGUAUGUAAAGGAGCGCGAGGAUUAAAGAUGCAUCAACGCAGUUGUAGAGUUAUUCAAGGUCUAGACAGUGAAUUCCGUACAGACCUAGAGGAACAAAACAAUUCUGACACGGAAAAUAUUCCUGAAAUGGACCAAUUGACAAUCAACGAAACUUCUACGGUUGAAAAGGAAGAUAUUGCGAAUUUAAGAAAAGGUAUUAAACUCCCUAAAAGCAAUUCCGAAUGGUCAACGGCCAACGAACAUUUCAAAUUCGCUCUUCAGUCCAAUGAUCCAAUCACAUCACAAGAUUUAAAUUCCAACAUAAAACUAUUAAAUGACAUCAUAUACGAUUACUUCGCCCAAAACUUUGGUUAUAGCGAAUCAGUGCCUGACAAUUCGCUACUAAAUAAAUAUAAGGACUAUGAAAUCAAGGAUUUGAAAAAAGCUCUGAAAACCCUUAAAUCAACGAAUGGUGAACUAGAUGAAAUUAAAUAUGUGUCGCAUAUAUUGCGUGAUAAGCUUCGCUCAAACAAUAACAAUGAGUCAAGUCUAGACAGCAGCCAGUCACUUAACCAUGACAAAUAUCGGGAAAAAUUUCUGGGGUUAUGUCAAGAAUAUUCUAAGGAAGAAAGACACUAUAUUACCAUCUUUCAACAUGACGCAAUGCAUAUCCCACUUCACUAA